AUGACCAACGACCCCUACAUCCUCGGCUUUGCUUCGGAACAACCCUUCGACUCCGCCUCCGCCUCAUGGUACGAUACACACAUCGGGGGCUUGCCCAUCUGGCCCCCAGCUCUCGAAGUAGCUAUUCCUGACUGCCCUCUGUGUGACGCCAAGCGUGUGCUGGUGUUGCAAGCCUAUGCGCCACACUGGAACCACCCGGAGCGGCUGGUGUGUGUCUUCGGGUGCAACUCGAUACAAUGCUCAGCCAAUGUGCAGGCGUGGUGGGCUGUACGUGUUUGUCGUGUACAGGCGGAGAAGGGCCCAGCGAUUGAGCUUGCGGAAGGCAGCGCUGGGGUAGCUCAGGUUUCUGCCGAGGAGGAGGAAAUUCAGUGGGAUACGGACUCUGAUUCUGACAAUUCGUCUGACGAGGGAGGUUCAGUCAAAGAUUUGGGUUUACUAUCACUCGAGGUGGAGCUGGCGACAGCGAGAAAGGCAGCGUCUGCGUCAGGGACGCCUGCCAAACCGUCUAGUCGCCGCUCUCCUUCCAAGCCGUUGAAGCGGGACCGCCAUGGAACGCAGAACGCGUUAAAAGCCACAGGCCGUAAAGAAGGCAGCCUACAUUCUGUCCCCAUCUCUGCAUCGGCCCCCGAAAUUAAUGCACCGUCUCAUCGAGAAACCUGCGCUUCUUACUACGUCGAAGUCGACUACGAGCCACAGGAAGCUGCGCCGCUGGUCGAGGAUUCCUCAAUUGAUGCGUUAUUGCAAAAAUACAAGGACGAAGAACAUUCGAGGGCAGCCACUGGCACUUUUGAGGAAUGGACAGCAGAAAAAGAGAAUGACAAUGAGACUGCUGGACUACGAAAUCAGGAAGACUUUCUACAGACAAUAGCCCGUGCCCCCUCCCAAAUCCUGCGCUACAAGCUUGGCGGCAAGCCCUUGUGGCCUUCACAUCCGGCCCCACAGCUUGACACAAACGAAACUUGUGAGUGCGGCGCGCCCUUGAUGUUUGAAUUGCAGCUGCUCGGCUCAAGUCUUCAUUUCUUGAAACCUGAAGAAUCGGUGCCGCGGCAUCAAGCGGAAGCCGGCAUGAAUUUUGCUUCAAUUGCCAUUUUUACAUGCGAGAACGAUUGUACUAAAAUUGACACGGUAGCGGAAAAUGGUGAGUUCAAAGUAUUAAGGCAGAGCGUUUGUAUACAGCAGGAUGACUGGUAGUAGUAUAAAAUUUGGACUAGGUUUAGCUU